AUGGAGCAGCAUGUGGGCUCAUCGAAUACCUCUACCAUUUCCAUACCUGGUGCCUAUAAAGCCCAAGCGGAAGGCCCAACUCCAUUGAAAGACCUCAAUAAUGGCCACAAAGCGAGUGAGGCCCAGGAGUCACCCGCUGCACCGGAUGCGGAGCAAGCCAAGCAUCGCGAUGGCUGGAAUAAUGAUAUUGAGUUUCUCAUGUCCUGCAUUGCGUUGAGCGUGGGUCUGGGCAACGUUUGGCGUUUCCCCUUCAUUGCCCUGGAAAAUGGGGGUGGCGCAUUCCUCAUACCCUACCUCAUCGUGCUCAUCCUCGUUGGAAAGCCCGUCUACUAUUUGGAAAUGCUGCUGGGACAGUUUUCGAGUCGCGGCAGCGUCAAGGUCUACGAUUUUGUGCCCAUACUAAGAGGUAUCGGCUACGGCCAGGUGCUGGCCACAGGCAUUGUGACGACCUAUUAUGCCACCCUAAUGGCGCUCACGCUUCGCUACUUUGUGGAGUCAUUUUGUCCCACAUUGCCGUGGAGCUACUGCCGCGACGAAUGGGCUCCUAGCUGCCUGGACUCGGCACCACAGCAGGGCAGCCUUCUGGGCGUGGGCGGCAAUCAGUCAGCGGUGCGCACCACCUCAGCGGAGUUUUAUUUUACCAACAUCAUUCUGCGCGAGAAGACAACCAUUGACGACGGCAUCGGCUAUCCCAGCUGGAGUUUGUCGCUGACUCUGGCUGUCGCUUGGCUCAUUAUAGCCGGCAUUAUGUUCCGCGGCAUCAAGAGCUCGGGCAAGGCGUCAUACUUCCUGGCACUGUUCCCCUAUGUCGUUAUGCUCAUAUUGCUGGCGCGUGCGCUGACUCUGCCGGGUGCCACUGAUGGCGUCCUCUACUUCUUGAAGCCACAGUGGCACAAGCUACUGGAGCCCCAGGUGUGGUAUGCAGCUGUCACCCAGGUGUUCUUCUCGCUGGCAGUUUGCUUUGGCAAUAUUAUCAUGUACUCUUCUUACAAUCGAUUUGGCCACAAUAUAUAUAGAGAUGCCAACAUUGUGACCACAUUGGACACGUUCACGUCGCUGCUGUCCGGCAUCAUCAUCUUUGGCAUCCUGGGCAAUCUGGCCUAUGAGAACAACACAACUGAUAUAUCGAGUGUGGUGAACGGCGGGCCGGGCUUGGCCUUCAUAUCCUAUCCGGAUGCCAUAGCCAAGUUCAAGGUGCUGCCGCAGGUGUUCUCAGUGCUUUUCUUCCUCAUGCUCUUCGUGCUCGGCAUUGGCAGCAAUGUGGGCAUGGUCUCUUGCCUGACGACCGUGCUGAAGGAACAGUUCACACAGCUCAAGCAGUGGCAUAUUGUGGUCUUCAUAUCGAUUACAGGGUAUCUGCUGGGUCUGCUUUACAUCACGCCCGGUGGCCAGUUUGUGCUAAAUCUGCUGGACUUCUUUGGUGCAACUUUUGUGGCCCUGGUCCUGGCCAUCUUUGAGUUGGUUGCCAUUGGCUGGGUGUACGGCGUAAAGCGCGUCUGUCGCGAUGCCGAGUUCAUGUUGGGCAUCAAGACGUCCAUCUAUUAUCGCAUCUGUUGGGCGGUGAUAACGCCGCUGCUAAUGCUCUCCAUACUGGUCUACAUGCUGGUUCUGUAUGAGCCACUGAAGUACAAGGACUACACCUAUCAGUCGGGCGUUUAUGUCUUUGGCUGGGGUCUCAGCGCCUUCGGCGUGGGUCAGCUGCUCAUUUGGGCGGUGCCUGCAGUGCGGCGGCAGCCCGUGGAGCUGGGUCUUUGGGUGCGCAUACGCAAAGCCUUUGAGCCACUGCCCAACUGGGGGCCAGCCGACCCCAAGACCCUCAAGCGCUAUCAGCUGCAUGUGGAGCAGGCGAAUGUUAGCUCAAUGUUCCAGCGCAGCGGUAUCUGGCACAAAAUCUAUGACAAUAUCUUUGGUUAGCAAUAAAAAUCUGCUGCAGGGGAGUUGCUCGUUUUAUGUGUGGCAAUCCGCACCACUAUGCGCUCUAUAUAUAGCUCCACAUAUGCACAUACAUAUAUGACGCAACCCUUUCAUAAUAAAAAUCCUGGCUUAAGUGCCAAACGU